AUGCUCGUCUCCACGCUCUUCUCUAGCUUGGCCUUGGCCGCAACCGCCACGGCGGCCUGCCCACGGGAGCAGCUCCAGAACGCGACAGCCGAGUACGUGGCAUCGCAAAGCCAGGGCCGGGUCAGCUUCACGUCGCUCGCGAGCAACGUCAGCUACACGGAGAACGAGCAGCCGCUGGCCAUAGGCUCGGGGAUCCUCACGCAGGCGCUCAAGAUCGACCACAGCCGCAGCAUCCACGACACGGAGCUCUGCGCGACCUUCACCGAGCUCAUCGUCACGGACCCCAAGCACCCUUACGUGAUCGGCACCCGCAUCGUCUUCAGCGGCAGGGUCAUCUCCACCAUCGAGUCCAUCGUCACCGAUGCGGGCGACUGGGCAUUCAACGCCACGGGGUACCUCCACUGGAACUCACUCGAGAGGUGGGACCCGAUCCCGGCGGAGAAGCGGGACAGCCGCGCCGUGAUCCAGGCCGCGGGCGAUGCGUACUUCGACCGCUUCGCCAACGUCAAUGUCACCGUGCCCUGGGGCACGCCGUGCGCCCGGCUCGAGGGCGGCGCGUACACGGACGCCAGGCUCACGGGGAACGACACGUGCAACCUAGGCGUGCCGACGAACGUCCAUGUCACAAAUCGCCGAUACGUCAUCGACCAGGAGUACGGUACUGUAGACAUCUUCUUGGGCUUCCCAGGGUUGGAUCGCUCCGUCGGGCAGCAGCCCAUGCCGGACAGCCAUUUCUUCAGGGUUGAGGGCGGGAAGAUCAGAUACAUUCACACAGUGUCCUCGUGCGUCAAUGCUGGCUGUGGGCUGAAUGACGCUGAACUCAUCGUUUUAAAGCAGGAGCGGUUCUUACCAGGUCCCCCCGUUUGGUAUACAAACAAGUUCAACUGA